GUUUGCUCAAACCCAAGAGCAAAACCCAAAACCACAAAAUAGGGAAAAAAUAAAAAAAAAAAGUCCACUAAUCCCAAAAAGAUCAAAAUGACCGGUUCUGGCUCUCCUUGUGGUGCUUGCAAAUUCUUAAGAAGAAAAUGUGUGAGGGGUUGUGUUUUUGCCCCUUAUUUCUGCCAUGAACAGGGGGCUACCCAUUUUGCAGCCAUCCAUAAGGUUUUUGGUGCAAGCAAUGUGUCCAAACUGCUUGCUCAUCUUCCUGUCAGUGACCGCUGCGAGGCUGCUGUCACUAUCUCUUAUGAGGCUCAGGCUAGGCUUCAAGAUCCCAUUUAUGGCUGUGUUUCUCAUAUCUUUGCUCUUCAACAACAGGUUGUGAAUCUGCAGGCACAGCUAGCUUCUCUCAAGGAGCAAGCAGCUCAGAGCAGCAUCAAUGGUGCCUCUGCAAACCCUAAUAACAGAUACUAUGGUUCCGGUGGAAAGAUUCCUUCCCAUAAUCUUCAAGAUGAUCAUCUUCAAAGUAUGUUUCACCAAUUGGAUAAUUCAAGCAUGCCACAACAAUUUAACCCCUACUUCUCCGAUCAUUCCACCGGAAUUUCCUUCCCUGCCGCCUUCAUGGAUCCAAGCUCCAUGGAAAAUUAUGAAAAUUCAUCAGUCAUUUCUGGAGAUCAAGAUGCCUCCUAUUCCACUUUUGGAGAGAUGUCUUCUCUUGACAAUAUGCAAAGGCAAUGGGGUUUCCAAGACUCCGAGGACCUUCAAUCGGUAGCUUUCGGGUACACUACUCAGUAUUCAUGAAUCAUGAGAAGAUUAUCCUAUUUGCAAUCGGUGAAGAUGACGAUCUUGUCAAAUUUUGAUGAAUUGAUGCAUGCUACAUACUUUGGAACAUGCACUUUGUUUGCAUAAAUAAAAAAUUAAGCUCUAG